AUGAGCAAGCCUAGAUACCUAACAGAUAGCGAAAGAGCUAGAAUCCUUGAAUUUCAGGAUAUGAUUCAUUAUAGCCCGAGAUACAGCGACGAUACCCACGAAUAUAGACAUGUUAUGUUACCCAAAAAUAUGUUAAAAGCGAUACCACAAGAUUACUUCAACCCUGAGACUGGAACCUUAAGAAUAUUACAAGAAGAAGAAUGGAGGGGCUUAGGUAUCACUCAAUCGUUAGGGUGGGCCCAUUAUGAAACACAUGCCCCAGAACCACAUAUUUUACUUUUCAAGAGGCCAAUUAACUACGGCCAAUAA